AUGACUUCAACUAGUAUGGAUAACGAAGAUUGGAAAUCAAAGUUAAAUAUUCCACAAAGGGAUACGAGACCACAGACUGAAGAUGUUCUUGGUACUAAAGGUAAUACUUUUGAAGAUUUUGGUUUGAAGAGAGAACUUUUAAUGGGUAUCUUUGAAGCAGGUUUUGAAAAACCUUCACCAAUUCAAGAAGAAUCUAUCCCUGUUGCAAUUACUGGUAGAGAUAUUUUAGCAAGAGCUAAAAAUGGUACAGGUAAAACUGCAGCUUUUGUUAUUCCAACUUUAGAACAAAUUAAACCAAAAGUUAAUAAAAUUCAAGCUUUAAUUAUGGUACCAACAAGAGAAUUAGCUUUACAAACUUCUCAAGUUGUAAGAACUUUAGGUAAACAUUGUAAUAUAUCAUGUAUGGUAACUACAGGUGGUACAAAUUUAAGAGAUGAUAUUUUAAGAUUGAAUGAUAUUGUUCAUGUUGUUGUUGGUACUCCAGGUAGAAUAUUAGAUUUAGCAUCAAGAAAAAUUGCAGAUUUAUCAAAUUGUUCUUUAUUUGUUAUGGAUGAAGCUGAUAAAAUGCUUUCACGUGAUUUCAAAACAAUUAUUGAACAAAUUUUAAUUUUUUUACCAAAAAAUCAUCAAUCUUUAUUAUUUUCUGCUACUUUCCCAUUAUCUGUUAAAGAAUUUAUGGUUAAACAUUUAAAUAAACCAUAUGAAAUUAAUUUAAUGGAAGAAUUAACUUUAAAAGGUAUUACUCAGUAUUAUGCAUUUGUUGAAGAAAGACAAAAAUUACAUUGUUUAAAUACAUUAUUUUCCAAGUUACAAAUUAAUCAAGCAAUUAUUUUUUGCAAUUCAACUAAUAGAGUUGAAUUAUUAGCUAAAAAAAUCACUGAUUUAGGUUAUUCAUGCUAUUAUUCACAUGCAAGAAUGAAACAACAAGAAAGAAAUAAAGUCUUUCAUGAAUUUCGUCAAGGUAAAGUUAGAACUUUAGUUUGUUCAGAUUUAUUAACAAGAGGUAUUGAUAUUCAAGCUGUUAAUGUUGUUAUUAAUUUUGAUUUCCCAAAGACUGCAGAAACUUAUUUACAUAGAAUCGGUAGAUCAGGUAGAUUUGGUCAUUUAGGUUUAGCAAUUAAUUUAAUCAAUUGGAAUGAUAGAUUCAAUUUAUAUAAAAUUGAACAAGAAUUAGGAACAGAAAUUGCUGCAAUUCCAGCUACUAUUGAUAAAUCUUUAUAUGUAGCAGAAAAUAAUGAUAAUGUUCCAAUUCCUGUACCAAUAGAACAACAAAGUUUCCAUAAUAAUAAUAACAAUAUAGUUAUUCCACCUCAGCAACAACAAUUUGCGCACUUUAACAAUAAUCAAUUACCACCACAACAGUAUCCACAACAACAUCAACAACAGCAUCAUCAACAGCCACAGCCACAACAACAACAACAACAACAAGGUAUACCUCCACAACAAUUCCAACCACAAUUUCAUGCACAACAGUACCCACCUCAGAUGCAAAUGCAGAAUCAAGGUAAUUAUCCUCCAGGUGUAGGUCCACAAUAUUAG